AUGAAAUUAGAGCUUGGUGGUUUUGCAGUUGCUCUUACCCUGGGCACCGCCGUUCAUGCGCAGUGCCCUGACUACACGACUUACUCUCAGAGUCCUCAAGGAAAUGCCUCCACAGGCCCUUUAGCCUUGCCUUACAUGAGGCCCGAUCCAGCGUGCCGCACUUUCAACAGCUCUGCUGUUGAGCAAGUCAUCGCAGACAUGAAGGCGCGUCUAAAGGAUCCCGAUCUCGCUCGUCUUUUCGAGAACACUUUCCCUAAUACCCUUGACACUACUGUUCGCUAUUUCAAUUCGACUGAGAACCUGGCUUUCAUUAUCACUGGAGACAUCACCGCACAAUGGCUUCGUGACACUGGAAAUCAAUUCGCACAAUACCGCCCCCUUUUGUCCAAAGACAAAGAACUUGCUACGCUUGUUAAGGCAGUUAUUAACAACGAAGCGCGCUAUGUGUCUGAAUAUCCUUACUGCGGAGCAUUCCAACCCCCGCCUGAAAGUGGAUUGGCUCCUUCAUAUAACGCAUAUGCUACUGACGUCACCGUGCAACCGCCCGUCAACAACCAGACAGUUUUUGAAUGCAAGUAUGAACUCGAUUCGUUAUGCGCAUUCAUCAAGUUGUCCAGGUCCUACUACCAAGAAACCAAUGACAGCUCCAUUAUGAAUGAUCAAUGGUUUACGGCCAUCAAUCAAAUCUUGACAGUUAUCGAAGAGCAGUCGCAGGCUUCCUUCGACGAGAACUGGAAUUGGGUUUCUUACUAUAACUGGACAGGAAAUGCUGGUGCUCUGUCGCCUGCUGUAACCAAUGCAGGCGCUGGAGAGCCCAGAGGCUCCAAUGGUUUGGUUGGUACGCAUCACAGGCCUUCGGAUGAUCUGAGCAUAUUUGCUUUCCUUACCCCAGCAAACGCUAUGUUGAGCGUUGAGUUAAACUACCUGGCUGAAAUUCUCGAUGAUGCCGGUAAGAUGCCAAACAUAAGCCAGGCAGCUAAGAAUUACAGUCAGACUAUCGAAGCGGCUGUUUGGAACCACACGCUUGUCGACAAUAUCUUUGCUUAUGAAACUAAUGGUCUCGGAUCGCGGUAUGUCAUGGAUGAUGCCAAUGUUCCUUCCUUGCUAUCGUUACCGUACCUGGGCUUCCUGAAUACAAGCCACCCUGCAUAUGUUGCCACAAGACAGGUAAUUCUGUCCCGUAACAACCCUUAUUAUGCCCAAGGAAAGAACUUCCGUGGCGUUGGUGGGCCUCACGUUGAUGCAUGGAAUCCAUGGCCCAUGUCUCAGAUUUCUGCGAUUUUCGGAACUGACAAUGAUGAUGAAAUUGUAAAUUCUUUAUAUCUGAUUGCGAACAACACUGCUGGACUUGGUCUGAUUCACGAGUCCAUGAACAUCUACGACGAAUCACAAUACACCCGUCAGUGGUUUGCAUGGGCUAACAGCUAUUUUUCGGAGAUGCUUCUUGAUUUAGCUCAGCGGAAGCCAGAACUCAUCUUCACCAACGGCACGAGCUACACUCCAGGGCAAUGAAGCGAUGCCGGUGAUAUGUAGAUCUAAUCUCAGUGACUUUGUGUGAAUAUUGUGAAAAAAUAUGUAUUUUGACGAGUACAAGAAUAUUUGGCUUUUGAAAGUAGCACAAUGGAUGUACAGUGUGUGAUAAGUAGGAGAUUCUAUAUUGUUUGUUUUCUUUGUAACCAGGGCUGUUACGUAGUCUA